UCCUGCAGUCAUAUUUCAGCUUUCUCCAAUACAUUGCCACAAAGAAUUUUCAAGAUGAGCAGCAAACCAGCACCAGAAGACAUUGAUUUUGCGCUGAGCCAGAAACAGAAAAGGGAAGUUGAAGAUAUGGCUUAUGUAAAAAGUGGCUGGCUGCUACGGCAAAGCAGCAUAUUGAAAAGGUGGAAGAAAAAUUGGUUUGACCUAUGGUCCAAUGGAUACUUAAUAUAUUAUAGUGAUCAGGAGAGAGAAGACAUGGAAGAUAAAAUCCUCAUUCAGUUAGACUGUAUCUCUAUCCGGAGGGGCAAUGACUGCAAAGAUAUGCAUUUACCAGAGGGGAAAUCCAAGGACUGUUGCCUGCAGAUUAUUUGCCAUGAAGGAAAAGUCAUAAACCUUAUCACAGAAAGUGUGGAUGACUGCUUAGCUUGGGAAACUGCUCUCCAGGAUGCCAAAACUAAAACACACAUUCUGCCUCAACCUCUACUGUACGAUGAAGGUGUGCUUGGUCCUGCCCCUCCAUACAGUCAGUUUGAUGCACCCCCGCCGUACGGAUAUGACCAGUAUCCCGGGGGCUAUCCAGUUCAGGGAUCUCAAGUCAUCUAUACAAGGGAUGGACAGGCAUAUGCUUCCUACCCCUAUCCUCCACAAGGACAAGGAGCUGCUAAUCACAUCAUCAUCAGAGAGAGAUACUAUGACAAUGAUGGAGACCUGGCUAUGGGAAUGUUGGCCGGAGCAGCUACCGGCAUGGCUCUCGGGUCUCUCUUCUGGGGAUUUUAGCUACAAUAUGCAUCUCAAAGCUUUAAUUUAUGACAUUUUAAAACUGUACUGUUUGCACAGAAUGACUAAUGUACUAGCUCAGGUAAUACUAUUUCAUGUCAGCUUUACAUAUGUACAAUAAUUAUGCCGAUAAAACAGGAAUCAGAGGAAGGGACUUUUUCGUAUGAUAGUUUAUUUGUAGCUUGUAAUAUGAAAUUGGCUUUUAGUGCUUUGGAUCCAGUAGACUGAGGGGUUACAAGUUUUUCAUGGUAAGCGUAAAUUCACACGGGAUGAACGUGCUGUAGAUUUGCGCCAGGAAUAUCUGCAGGGGAAUAUAGUAGCAGGCAAGUAGAUGUGAUUUUUACCAAAUUUUAUCCGCAUGUUGCAGAAAUUUUCAGCAUGGAAAUUGCUUUGUGUUGCAGAUUGUUAGAUGUGCAGCAUGACAGGACCAAGCAAGCACCACUUAUUCCCAUCUUCAUGAUACCCAGAAACGUGAAUGACUGUCACACACGGACUGUGUCAGACCCUUGGCCUCAUCCCGCAAUACUACCAGACCCAACAUUGUGCGGAACUAACUUUGCCCCUCGCUGUGCCCCAAUCUCAAGCCUUGCCUUCCCGAGUGAUUGCCCCACCUGUAUCCAAUCCACACCAGAUCCACAUGAUUUCAUGCUCAUAUGCUGCUGUAGCUUUCCCUGCUGAUUUGCUGUGUACAUUUCAAAUCCAAUCCCUAAGGGCUCAUGCACACGACCGUAUGUAUUUUGCGGUCAGCAAAAAACAGAUCUGCAUAAAAUACGGUUGAUGUCCGUGUGCAUUCCGUAUUUUGAGGAACGAA